AUGCAAAAGAGCACAAUUUGGGACAGUGAAAUCUACCAGAUUGACAAUGUGCAGAGUCUCCUGCAGUGUCCCGGCAUCCUUGUCUGUGUGGGACGCGAGCCUUCUCAUCCUUCGAUUGUGGAGAAUUUUUGGAGAACAUCUGGUGACAAACUUUCAAAGUUUAAUUUGAGGUCACCCUCCAGUGGCUGCACUGACGGACAAGAGGGACUUCGAACACAGAAAAGUGUCAUCAAUCCAAAAUUUGAAUGUGACAACAGCUCAAACAGGCACUCGGUGUCAUCUGACAAGUCAUUACCGGAUGGAACUGACUCUCCAGAUAAUGUGGACUCCUGCUCUCCCACUGGUGACGGACUGAGACAUGACGAUGUAGAGAAAAAGGUCCAUGUCAAUAAAGACGGGAGUUUGUCGAUGGAAAUGAAAGUGCAUUUCCGUCUACAAAAUGAUGAAACAUUACAGUGGUCAACAAAGGUAAAAAAGAUGACAGGCAGGACCUGUGAGCAAAGACACAAUAAUACCUACCUUUUGAACAGGUUUGAACAGGUUAGUGAAAGAAGCUAUUCAAAAUGUGAGAACAUCUCUACUGGUGAGCAAGACGAGAGUUACAUCAAUGGAUGCAAUGAAAGACAUGUAGAGGAACUUCACUGUCCUCACUGCUGCAGUCACCAGCAGGAUUAUGACGUCUGCAAAAAUAUCCCAGGGACACAUGGAGCAAGUCGCCACAUUCAAACUUCCAGCUCAAGUGCUUCCUCACAUGCCGUGGUCUCUAGAAAGAUUGUGACUGAAAGACAUAUUGUGUCUCGCUCAAGUGAAGAGCAUGUAGAGCAGGUGGAGGAGGAGACUUGCAUCAAGCAGACUGAGACAGAAGAGUACUGUACCAUCAGGAGAGACACUUGCUCACCAAAGUGCAACUUGCAAUCCACCAUAACGGACAACUGUAAGGCUUGUGUUGAUGGCUCCACAGACGAUCACAUCCAAACAUCGGAGCCAGAGGAACAAGCAGGAUCUGCUCGUAGUGCUUCUUCACAAAUAUUAUCAGACCAUGAGGGGGAUCAAAAGGAUGAGGAUGCGUCAAGAGGAUCUUCUCAGAAUGGUCGACCUGAGAGGGAGGAGUCCACAGAGUCAGCAAUGCAACAAAAAUCUCCAAGCCUCACAGACAGAACAUCCAACUCUUCAGUGCACUCUACCAAGUCAAGAAAAUCCAAAGCUUCUCACACUUGCCAUUGUGGAGAAUCAAAUGUUUCUGAGAAUAAUAAUAAGGGACAAACCAAGGCCCAAGAUGGGGAAGAAAGUGAGAUACAAACAGAUCAAUCAAGUGCCAUGCCUGCUGAAUCCAAUGCCUCUGGCACAUCAAAUGAGUCUGAAGCAAUAUUGAAUACAGGGAGUGGAGAUAUCGAAGAGAAGAGAUCUAAAAGUGCCAUGUCAGUUCAAUCAAAUGCCUCAAAUGUUUCUGCAAAAUCUAAAACAUCAGGAACUUCAGAGGUCACACCUCAAGAAGAUUCAGAAGACAAAUCGGGAGAGACUCAAGACAUUGAUGAAAAUGUUAAUGAACAGGAGGAGGCUGAAGAGGUUGGAGAAGAUCAAGACAGAGUGCCAAGUGUCAUGUCACAAAAAUCAUCAAAGUCUAAAUACUCUGAAAUGGAGGAUCCACAAAAUAUUGAGGAAGUUCAAAUUGCAGAUGGAGAAACACGUAUUGCUUUAUCAGCAACGUCUUCAAAUAAAGCUGAAAAUGACGAGGAUGUCAUGGACAAUGUGUACAGAUCUCCAAGUACCAUGUCAGUAAAAUCCACAAAGUCUACAAGAUCCAGACGAUCUAGAACCUCUGAAAGUCUUAAAAGUGCAAUUCAUGAUGAAAUACAAGCUGAAAAUGAAGAAAGACAAAGUGAAAGAUCCCUUAGUCCAAGGCCUGCAAGGUCUGUCAAGUCAAAUGUAUCUGCAACAUCUAAAAAGUCGAGUAACCUAAACACAGAAGAUGUAGAAGGUCCACCAGUGAGAGCAAUAAGUGCUAUGUCAGCUAAGUCUAAUGUGUCUGCAGGGAGACCACAAAGCACAAUGUCAGUCAAAUCAUCAAAGUCAGUGAAGUCAAAUAUUUCAACAAAGUCUGGCAAAUCAAAGCAUUCUAACGUUACCAAUAAAGACAGUGAUGACAGCCAUGAUGACAAAGAUGAUACCAAGGAAACUGAAGCGAGAGCAGCAAGCUGCAUCAGUAAAGCAGACGAAUCACCAAACUCAUGUACUUCAGCCAACAAAAGUCUUGACACAAAUGAUGACGCUGAAGAGAGAGCAACUAGUGUCAAGUCAGAGAUGUCAGGCAUUUCAAAAUCAUCUGCAAUAUCCAGCAAGUCAAAGGCCUCUAGAGAAGCAAGCACAAUGUCUGCAAAAUCUGCCAAGUCAAACACCACCGCAGUAUCUACAAAUUCAAAUAUAAAAUGCAAUGGUGAUAUCUGUGAUGAAGGUAAUGAUGCAGAGAGAUCACCGAGCCGCACCUCUGGUAAAUCAGCCAAGUCAAACAUUUCGGCAAGAUCAACUCACUCAAAAUCCUGUGGUGGUUCAGAUAGUGCUAAAAAUGGGGAAGAGAGGGGACCGAGUGUCCUUUCAGUGAAAUCAGCAAAGUCAGUGGUGUCGGUCAAGUCUUCCAAAUCAACCCGGUCACAUAUUUCUGCCAAAUCAAACAUGUCAGAGGCCAAUGGUGUUUCAGCUGAAGAGAAUACUGCAGACAAGGAACAUGGACAACGGGCCCCAAGCAAUAUGUCAACUUUAUCGGCUAAAUCUCUAAAAUCGAAUGCUUCAGCGAUUUCAAAGAAAUCAAUAGCAAGCUCAGUGAAGUCAGGUGAGUGUUCUGCUCAAGGUUCACCUGAAGGAGACGAUGAUGAAGGAAAUGACAAUGAAGUAGAAGAAGCUGUAGCGAGAACAGAGAGCAGCUUGUCAGCCAUAUCAGUCCACUCACAUGUUUCUGAAAAGUCUCUUAAUUUCGCAGAAAGAGCACCAAGUGCUUUCUCAGCGAAAUCAGCAAAGUCGCACAUUUCCUCAAAGUCUAAGAAAUCUACUCAUUCCGCCAAAACUAGUGACACUCCUGGUGCAAGAUAUGGUGGAGAGGAAACUCGGGAAUGCACAGCAUCACAAGAGCAAGAUGUUCCUGCGGAAGGAAAUACAUCAGUUCAUGACGAGCAUGUCGAGAGAGCUCCAAGUCACAUAUCUAUCAAAUCAGCAAAGUCUGGCAAGUCAAAUGUUUCUAAAUCAUCCAAGAAAUCGAAGAAAUCUGUGCCCCCUCAAGAAAAUAGUGCAGUCUAUGAAGAAAGACCAUCUAGUGCUGUCUCAGACAGAUCCUUACAGUCAAAUACUUCAACAAAAUCUGAGAGAUCAGAGAGGAUAUUUCCACAUGAGGGAAAUAUUGAAGUGGAGAAUGCAGAGAGAGCGCCAAGUUGCAUGUCAGCAAAAUCAACCAGAUCAAAUUUUACAGUCAAGUCUGUGACUUUCAGAGAAAAUAUUGCAAAUGGUGAAGAUAUGGUAAAGCGUGUCCCAAGUGCAAUGUCAGCCAAGUCAGAUACCUCAGGGAUGUGUGCACAAAUCAUUAUUUCUGCUGACAAUAAUGAUGAAGAAGAAAGUGGAGAGAGGCCAACAAGCACACUGUCAGCCAAAUCAAAUAUUUCUGUAUCGUCAAAAAGCACAACAGCAUAUGAAGUUCUGGCAACAGACAAUGCUGCAGAUGAGGAGGAAAGCGUGCAAAGACCGGUAAGCACCCUGUCAGCUAAGUCAGGCAGGUCAGUCAAGUCAACACAGUCGGACAUGUCAAAAAAGUCAAAGUCUAGUCACUCAAAAACAUCUAUUGCUUCCAUCAAAUCAGCAAAGUCAGGACAGUCAUGCAUCACAGGAGCGUCAAAGAAACCCAAAGCUUCUGAAAAUCCUGCUGAAGAUGAUGCUCAUAUUACUGACACUGAAGAACACACUGACAUGGCAGCCAAGAGCUCAGUGUCUGCCAAAUCAGUGAAGUCAAAUGUGACAUCCAUAUCUACAAGAUCUAAAGCAUCUCACAGUCCUGACAAGGUUAACAAUGAGGAACAUGCUGCCAGUAAUUCUGAAAAUGCAGUUGUUUGCGAGGACACUGAACAGAGAGCACAAAGUGCAAUGUCACUGAAGUCAAACAAAUUACUACCUCCUAAUAUUUCUGUUAUAGAGAGUUGUGACAUAACAGAUGAAAGAAACGAAGAAGAGAAAUCAAAGCGAGCAACAAGUGUCAAGUCGGGGAAGUCAACUGUUUCAGAGCGUUCCAAAAAGUCAGCAGCAUGUGAAGCUGGCCACAAUAAAAGUGAAACGCAGUCACAGAGUUCGUUAUUUGUUAAGUCAAAUCUGUCCAUGAAAUCACACAAAUCCAAACCAAGGGAUAUUCUAUCAGAUAAAGAUGUACAAAAGAAAGAGGAGGGGAAAAUGCCAACGGCCAGCAAUGAACCCACAUCCAGUUUGCUUGAAGAAGACAAGCACAAAGAUAACAAUGAUAAAAGUUGUCACUCUAAGACAAGUAAGUCAAGCAGACAAGGCAAAAAAACAGAGGUUAUUGCCAGUGCACGUCAAUCAAAAGGAAAUAAACAUGUGAUUAGUCAUACAGAGUCAACUGAAAGUGAUUUGUCACAAACUCUGUCCAGUUCAGACAAUGUCAAAGACGCACACGAGACUGCAGUUACCAGAGAAUCAAACACCAGCGUGUCUAACGUGUUAACAGAAGGUCGACUGGAAGCUACAAACAUUGAUCAAAGUGUUGCUGAUAACCAAAGUGACAAAAGCAGCAAAUGCAAACAGAAGAACAUGGAAGCUGACGACUUUGAACUUGUCCCAUCCAGCCUACCAAAUGCAUCCCCUACUGAGGUGGUAAAUGAAUGGCUAAAAACAAUAACUACACAUGGAGAUGUAUAUGACCCAGAGGAACUCAGUGAAAACUAUGAAGGUCAGAAAAAUGACCUCAGGGGAACAGGGGACAUAGACAGAACAGUGGAUAAUGAAAGCAAUCCUCUCUCUCCAGAUGACAAUCCAAAAUAUGUAAAUGACGGCGUUGUGAUGAACAGUGUUCCUAAUAAUAACUGCCAAACAAACGCAGAGGCACUGAAUGCAGAUAGUGCUCCAAGUGAUGACACCUCAAAAGUAUUUCACUCUUCUGUUCAUGUGAUGAAAGUGCUUUUAAAUACAAAGGUUGACAGAUGUAACAGUUUACCUGAAAUCUCUCCAGUGUAUGGACGUAAACUAAGCACUUCAGCGAGAGGGCUUUUAGAUUGUCUUGUUAAGUUGCAGUUAAUAAAUCAUGAUGCUAAAAAUGCAGACGAAAAGAACAGAAGGUACCAGGAGCUAAUGGAUAUUCUGAAAUCUCUUUGGCUUUGUGAUCCUCCUGAGAAUGAACAUGUGACGACGAAGAAGUUGGCUCCACGGGCUCUGGCAAGAGCGGUGAUGGUGUGA